AUGCCUUACUACGCAGUCCAAAGCCACGGACAGCAGGAGGUCGACAAGCGCAGGGGUGCCUGUCCAGGCCGAGCCACACGCGGUCGCAACCAGGUUCGGCCGUCUCGCCCCGCGUGCCUCGUCAAUUGCUGUAUCCUUAUAUCCAAGUUUUCGCCUUCGUCUCUGUACACUCCGGGCACCCACACCUCUCGCGACGUUGACGGCAUUUUCGACGUGAGCACCAAACGGCAAUCGAGCGCGGAGGCCACCAUAGUCGACACGUACACGCCAGGGAUCGAGCGGCAGAUUCGCAGGGUGGUGAGUUGCUCACCAAUCAAGAUGUCUCUCGGCACUUCCUCUCCAUCGCGUCAAGUCGCGGCCCAGCUGCGGUCUGUUUGCGUGAGCGGCGAGCACAUGCAACCCUGUAUCAUGCAGAUAAGCGCGAUCGACGGUCGCAACCAUUCCUGGCCGUCUCUCGCCGCGCACUUCGUCGAUUGCUGUAUCCGCACAGCCAACCUCUCGCCCGCAUCUCCGUACGCUCCGGGCAUCCACACGUCUCACGAAAUCGACGGCAUUCUCGGUGAGAACAGGGCGACUGAGAGCAGAGACCGCCCGACUCGACAGGCCCCAGGGUCAAGCAGGAGGUGCAUCGCUCACCGUUCGAAACGUUUCCCGGUACUUGCUGUCCGUCGCGUCAAGUCACACACGGUCCACGCUUCAGGCAUCCACACAUCCGGCCAGGUCGACGGUAUCCUCGACGCAAACAAUGCGAUUGAGCGCAGAGGCCGCCCGACUCGACACGCUCACACGAACGAUGGGGCAGCAGGUGCACAGGAAUGGUGA